AUCGUGUUUACACGUAGCACGGAUGGCCGCUCAGCUCAGCACGCAGGACACCGGGCAUCGGUUGCCCGCCAAUGUGCGGCCGACGCACUACGAUCUUACCGUUCGGACCGACCUGGAGAACGAGACGUUCCAGGGCGUUGUUAAAGUCAGCUUGGACAUCAAACAAGAAACAUCGAGCGUCACAUUCAACAUCGCAGAUCUCGAGCUGACCGCCGCGUCCAUCUCCUCCGAUCACGAAGCUGACGUGGCUCGGCAACCGUACGCAUCGAAGUCGCUCGAUGCAGAGCGCGAGGAGGGCACGCUGGUGUUCGCGCGCGCGAUCCCCGCAGGAUCCAGGGCGCAGCUGUCGAUCGCGUUCUCGGGCGAGCUGACAGAUUCAUUGAUGGGGUACUACAAGUCCGCGUUUACGCAGGACGGGGAGGAGAGCGUCUACGCUUUGACGCAGUUCGAGCCCACGGCGGCGCGCAAGGCGUUUCCGUGCUGGGACGAGCCGGCGCUCAAGGCGACGUUCAGCGUGUCGUUGGUCUCGCGUGCGCAUCUCGUCUGUCUCGGCAAUAUGCCUGUCGAGUCGGAGGAGCCCUUCCAUCUCGAUAACAGCGAGGACCUUGACCUCGCGGGGCUUUUCGAGUCGCUUUCGGUGGAGGAUCAGAAGCCAGAGGGAGGGUGGAAGGUGACGCGGUUCCAGACGACUCCUCUCAUGUCGACAUAUAUCGUAGCGUACGCCAGCGGUCCGUUUCAGUACAUCGAGGGGUCUUACACGAGUCCUCUGAGCGGAAAGAAGCGCCCGUUGCGCGUGUACGCGACCUCGGAGAUUCUUCACCAGGCCAAGCAUGCCCUCGAUAUAGCAGAGAAGAUUGUGCCGAUCUAUGAGAGCGUUUUUGAUAUCGAGUAUCCGCUUCCAAAGCUCGAUAUUCUAGUCGCCCACGACUUCGACUCUGGCGCCAUGGAAAACUGGGGUCUGAUCACGGGAGGCACUAGCGCCUUCCUCAUGGACCCGGACAAGGUCCAGCUGAGCACGCUCAAGGGGAUCACGAGCGUCGUGUCGCAUGAGAUCGCGCACAUGUGGUUUGGGAAUAUUACGACUAUGGAGUGGUGGGAUAAUCUUUAUUUGAAUGAAGGAUUUGCGACUCUGAUGGGCGAGUACAUUGUUGUCGACAGGUUAUACCCUAAAUGGAAGGUCGACGCCGAGUUCAUCAUCGAGAACCUCAACGACGCGCUCAAUCUCGACGCGAAACCUUCUUCCCACCCUGUCGAGGUUCCUUGCCCCGAUGCCAACCUAGUUAACCAGAUCUUCGACUCCUUAUCCUACGCCAAGGGCGCUUCUGUUCUACGCAUGCUGUCCAACUUCGUCGGUCAAGAACGGUUCAUCAAGGGUGUUUCUCUAUAUCUCAAGAAACACUUGUACUCCAACACGGUCACCAAGGAUCUCUUUGAGGCGAUUGAAGAGGCGACAGGCGCGGGUGUGCCGAAAAUGAUGGACAAUUGGAUCUCCAUGAUCGGCUUCCCGGUUAUCACCGUUACCGAGACCAAGGACGGAAUCACUGUUCGUCAAGAUCGAUUCUUGGAGACGGGACACGCCGAACCCCAGGACAACGAAACAAUAUGGACCAUUCCUCUGAGCCUGCUCACGGUUGACAAGGACGGCAAGCCCCGUAUCGACAAAAGACUCGUUCUUGACACUCACGAGAAAAUGAUCCCUCUUGACAUCUCAAAGCUAUACAAGCUCAACGCAGGGACUAACGGAUUUUACCGUGUUCUGUACCCUGAUGAACGCCUUGCAAGAAUUACAGAAGAAGCGGCAAAGGGCGAAGAGAUGUUCUCGCUCAACGAUCGCAUCGGGCUCGUUCACGAUGUAUUUGCCCUCUCCAAGGCGGGUAUGAUGAGCGUAAGCGGGGCUUUGAACACUGUUAACAACCUGCGGGGCGAGAUGGAUUACAUCGUAUGGGACACCAUUGCGUCCAACCUCUCUCUGCUGCACUCAACAUGGUGGGAGAACACGAAGGUCACGAAGACCCUGGACGAGUUCCGUGCAUCCUUGUUCAAGCCCAUCAUUGAUCGGCUUGGCUAUGACGACGCACCUGACGAUGAUUCGAACACCAUCCAGUUGCGCAGUAAAGCCGUCGAACAGGCCUCGCGUGCAGGCGAGCCUUCGGUAGUGAAGGAACUGCAACAGCGCCUUGCUCAAUACAUGAAUACCGGCAACGAUUCGCACAUCUCCCCCAACAUCAUGAAUUCUGUACUCUUCACGGGUGUGCAUUAUGGUGGGCGCGACGAGUUUGAGUUCGCAAAGAAGAUCAUGGAGGACACCACGGUCCCACCUGCCACAAGCGACUCGGCAAUGGUGGCUAUCUGUCAGAUCCAGGACCCCGAGCUCAUCAAGGAGGUUUUCUCGUAUAUCCUUAAUGACACUCGAACCCAGGACCUCAUCGACAUGUUUAUGGGCCUCCAAACUAAUCUGUCUACGAGGCGUGAGGCUGCCGAGUUCUUGAAGCAGAACUUCGAUGAGAUGGAAAAGAAACUGGCAGACACUUUCGGGUUGCCAGACGCGAUCACGGUUAGCUUUAAUCAUCUCACAAAGGAUGAGGACAUUACGAUGGUCGAAGAGUUCUUCAAGGACAAGGACCGGUCCAAAUAUAACAUGGCAUAUGAUCAACUUUUGGACACCCUGCGUGCGUCCAAGGUUUGGAUCAAGCGUUCGACUGCCGAUAUUGAGAAAUGGCUCGAUGGCUGGAGUGCUGGAUCAAAACUAUGAUCUAUGUAUAGUAUCGUAUAAUAACUCACGCUCUUAGAUUGUACGAUAGACAAUGUCAACUAGACGGGUAUAAACGAACGCCGGCAGCCUGGCUUUAGCCCUGUCAUGUAACCUGAACGCCA